GAUUGGCGGCGGGCGCGCGGGACGGUUGAGCCGGGGGCGCGCGUCAUGGCGGCGGCGGCGUGGCAGAGCCCCUACCUGAACGUCUUCAAGCACUUCCGCGUGGAGGAGUGGAAGCGCUCCGCCAAGGAGGGGGACGUCACCGCCUGCCUGGACAAGAGGCUGAAGGGGACGGUGUACCGCAUCCGGGGCUCCAUCCCCGCCUGCAACUACCUGCAGCUGCCCCGCACCGGCACGCAGUCGCUGGGGCUGCGGGGCCGCUACCUCUACCUGCUCUUCAGGCCCCUGCCCCGCAAGCACUUCGUGGUGCACCUGGAUGUGGCCACCCAGGAGAACCAGGUGGUGCGCAUCUCCUUCUCCAACCUCUUCAAGGAGUUCAAAUCCACAGCCACGUGGCUCCAGUUCCCCUUCGUAUGCGCAGCAGCCAAAGGCUCGCUGGACGAGAGCACAGCCGGGGCUUCCAGGCGAGAUCUGGUGGGGGCAGCCCCUGCUAACGUGCGCUGGACCUGCCUGAUGCUUGAUCUCCACUACAUCCUCUCCAUGUACCUCAACCGGCGUUACAGCCACCUGAAGAGCAUCAAGCUCUGCUCCAACCUGCUGGUGAGAAACAUCUGCACGAGCGACUUGGUGUUUGACCCAGGCGUGACUUUCUCCGAGGCCCGACAAGCCAACCUGGCCGGCCACGGGGUCUCUCCCAUGCCGCGGGAAAUGGCCUUCCCAGUGCCCAAGGGGGAGAAGUGGCACGACCACUACGACUACAUCAGGUUCCCAUCCGAAGGGUCCAAGCUGCCAUAUGACUCCAUCCAGAAGAGCUGCUCCGGUCCUGCAGCAGGUGGCGAACCCUCGGAGGACCCCGUCCGCCAGCUGCCCCAGCCGGUGACGCUCACCAAAGCCGUCCGUGACCGACUGUCCCUCAUCCACCAGAUCACCAGUCCCAGAGCUAUGCCGCACCGGUGUCCUGCAGUUACAAAAAGCAUCCCUGAGGUUCACCUGGCAGCCCCAGGGCCUCUGAGAGCCAUGCGUGCUGGCGACCAGGAGGCAGAGAACGGGAGGCUACACGGCGUGGGGGACUCAGGGCAGUCCCCGGCAGUCAGCGACGGCGGCAUCCACGUGUACGCGCACCGGAGGAGCGAGCAGGCCGUCCGCAUCGCCCGCGUGGGCUCAGAGGAGGACGCGUCUAGGAAGGGCCCUGGAGCAGCCGUGCUGGCCAGCAGGAGAGCCGCUCACUGCAGGAGUUUCUUACCAGAUCCAAUCCUGAAGCUGAGAAAGAUAAUUGGCUUUGGAGGCUGCAGCACCAAAUGUGUGCUGUGGACUCAGAACAACUCUGCAGUGGUCUACCCCUGCCACGCUGUGAUAGUAACCCUGCAGAUUCAGACCGGGGAGCAGAGGUUCUUCACUGGCCACACAGACAAGGUGUCGGCGCUGGCUUUCAACGGGAGCAGCACCUUGCUGGCUUCGGCGCAGGCUGGCCCCCUCAGCCUGCUGCGCCUCUGGGACUUCCCCGGGGGCAGCUGCCUGUCGGUGUUCAAAACCCACGUCCGGGUGCUCCUGUCCCUGAGCUUUUCCUACAGCGGAGCUGUUCUCUGUGGUGUUGGAAAGGAUGGGCAUGGGAAAACGGUGGUGGUGGUGUGGAACACUGCCCAGGUGACCUGUGGCGGAGACGUGGUUGUGCUGGCCAAAGCGCACACGGAUGUGGACAUCCAGACCUUGAAGAUUGCUUUUUUUGACGACACCAGGAUGGUGUCGUGCGGCCGGGACAACGUGAGGCUGUGGCGGGUGCGGAGCGGAGCGCUGCGCUCCUGUCCCGUCAACCUGGGCGAGUACCAUUCCCUGGAGUUCACCGACCUGGCCUUCGAGGAGGGGCACUCGGCCGAGCGGGAGCCGGAGGACCGCACGCUCUUUGUCUGCAGCAAGAGCGGCCACGUCUUGGAGGUGGACUACAAGCACGUCUGCAUUAGGAGCGCGCGGCGGCUCCUGCCCUCGCAGCAGCAGGACAAGCAGGGCGGCGGGGCAGGCUCUGGGAUCGCUAUAAACAGUAUCAGCAUCUCCUCAGCCUUCUGUGCCACGGGUUCAGAAGACGGCUACCUGCGGCUGUGGCCGCUGGACUUCUCGGCCGUUGUCUUAGAGGCGGAGCAUGAGGCGCCAGUGACUUCUGUCUGCAUCAGUCCGGACAGCCACAAAGUCUUGUGCACAACCACAGCUGGGAACCUGGGCUACCUGGAUAUAGAGUCCCGGGACUAUAGCACCCUCAUGCGCUCUCACGAGGACUCCAUUUUGGCGUUCUCAGUGGAGGGAGUUUGGAAGCAGAUGGCAACAGUGUCGCAGGAUAACACCAUCCGAGUCUGGGACCUUGUGUCCAUGCAACAGCUGUAUGACUUCACAGCUGCAGAUGAGAUGCCGUGUGCUGUGGCCUUUCACCCUACCCAGCGGAUCCUUGCCUGUGGCUUUGACAGCGGGAUGGUGCGGACCUUCAGCUUGGCGGCCUCCGAUCUCCUGAUGGAGCACAAGCAGCACCGCACUGUGAUCACUGGACUGACUUUUUCUCCAGAUGGCAACUUCAUGUUCAGCUCCUGUCUGCAAGGAACUCUGGCUCUUUACAGCUCUGUGGAGCCAAAAAGCCAUGUCUUGAGAGUCCUGGGUAACGUGGUGGCCCGGGAUGCUGGGAGCGGCCCGGAUGCUUUGGUGCUCAGUGGGGACAGCCGUCUCCUGGCCUUCGUGGGGCCCUCCAACUAUGUUGUGACCGUGAUGGAGGCCUGCUCGCUCGAUGAGCUGCUGAGGGUGGACAUCAGCAUCCUCGAUUUGAACAGCACAGCCUUGGACACCGCAGUGAGAGUCUGCUUCGCUCCUGUGCCGCGAGGCGAGCUCCUGGUGUCCACGUCUUCCAAUAAAAUCCUUGUGCUUGAUGCAAAAACGGGACGACUGGUGCGAGAGGUGUCUCCUGUGCACAAGCUGUCUUGCUCUUCCUUGGCACUAAGCAAGGAUGCCAGGUACCUGCUGACUGCUGGCGACAAGGUUAUCAAAGUAUGGGACUAUCAGAUGCGCUUCGAUAUCAACUUCCAGGUGUACAUCGGCCACUCGGAGCCGGUGCGCCAGGUGGCUUUCACCCCGGACCAGCGGCAAGUCAUCAGCGUCGGAGAUGCCAUCUUCCUCUGGGAUUUCAUGGCUCUGCCUGCGGAGAGGUCGCCCCCAGCCCUGGCUCGUUCCUCCGAGUCUCCUCCGCUGCCAGGAGCAGAAAAGAGCCCUGAAAAGCUAAAGGAUGCCUCUGAUAUACCUCGUCAGACAAUUCCUCUUCCAUUGUUGUCCUCCCCACCAUGUCUGGAUGUCAGCUCUGUCCACCUAGCAGGAUGUCAAAGUAUUUUCUCAGAGUCGGACAAAGAGGAGGAAGCCAGUUUGCCAGGCAGCAGCAGGAUGGUGGCGAAUGGAGACAAAGACGCCUCGGUGCUUGUGGUGGAACCGGUCAGGAGUGAGGAGCUUGUUGUCGUGAGGCCCAAAGUGAGACGGGAGAGCUCGAGGUCUCCCGGACAGUCAGCACGUGAACCCAGAAAGGAGACCAAAAGUCCCAAGCCCCAGUGCUACGUCCGCCCAGAUUCCUACCGGCAUUUCACUCCUCGCUUUAAGGCAUCAGUGCUCCCUCAGAGUUUCUUAUCUCCUCCAGCUGGCCACGAGCUCUUGAAGCUGAAAGCAGUGAUCGGCUACAAUGGGAACGGCAGAGGGAACAUGGUGUGGAACCCGGACACAGGCUUCUUCGCCUACACCUGUGGCUGUGUCAUCGUGGUUGAGGACCUGCACUCGGGGCUGCAGAAUCACUGGCUUGGCCACACAGAGGAGAUCUCUACACUCGCUGUCAGCCACGACGCCCAGGUUCUUGCCUCUGCCUCGGGAAGGAGGAAUGGAGACUCCCAUUGUCAAAUCUGCAUCUGGAACAUUCAGGAUGGGGUCUGCACAACAAGUCUGUUCCACCACAAGACACAAGUGCAAGCCAUGGCGUACUCUCGGGACGACAGGUUCCUUGCUACCCUAGGGGACUACAAUGAUCAAACUGUUGCUCUGUGGAAUACCUACACUUACGAGCUCCUGUCAUCAACUUGUAUCUCGGAGCCAGUCCACGAUGUGGCUUUUAGUCCUUUUUCUCACCGAGAAAUGGCCUGUGUGGGGAAGGGAGCAGUGACAUUUUGGCUGUUGGAGCAGCGGGAGGGUGACAUCAAUCUCAAGGUUCAUCGGUCCCCUGCGCCGGCCGUGUUGGGGCCGGUGGAGCUGACCUCUCUCUGUUACGGUGCCGACACCCUUCUUUACAGUGGGACCAACUCGGGCCAGGUCUGCGUGUGGGACACAGAGACCAAUCGCUGCUUCAUGACGUGGGAGGCCGAUGACGGCGAGAUCGGCGUGCUGGUGUGCCGGCGCAGCAGGCUGCUGAGCGGCAGCAACACGAAGCGCAUCCGCCUGUGGGCGGUGGCAGCCGUGCGGGAGCUGAGGCUGAAAGGUCCCGAGGCCAGAUCUCACUCAGUCAUGCUAGAACAUGAGAUUACCCUCGAUGGGACAAUCGUCAGUGCAGCCUUUGAUGACUCUUUAGAAAUGGGAAUUGUGGGCACCACCGCAGGAACGCUCUGGUACAUCAACUGGGCGGAGAGCACGAGCAUCCGGCUGAUCAGCGGCCACAAGAACAAGGUGAACGAAGUGUCCUUCAGUCCUGAUGAGACUCACUGUGCCACGUGUGGGGAGGAUGGCAGCGUGAGGAUUUGGUCCCUGGGCAGCAUGGAGCUGGUGGUACAGUUUCAAGUGCUGAACCAGAGCUGCCAGUGCCUGGCCUGGAAGCCUCAUACCAUCGUUGCAUGGGAAGCUGAGAGCCAGCACGUAGUGGCAGGGUACAGCGAUGGCACCAUCCGCGUGUUCAGUAUUUCCAGGACAGAGAUGGAGCUGAAAAUGCACCCCCAUGCCACUGCGCUGACGGCAAUUGCCUACUCCACAGACGGAGAAAUGAUCUUAUCGGGGGGCAAGGACGGGCUCGUGGCUAUCAGCAGCCCUCGCACCGGAAUGACCAUCCGCAUCCUCGCUGACCACAAGGGCUCCCCGAUCACUGUCCUCCAGUGCACCAGGAAGCAGUACCACGAGUUUGGGGUGGAAGGAGGUGAGCUCUGGCUGGCCACCAGCUCGGACCGUCGGGUCAGCGUCUGGGCCUCUGACUGGCUGAAGGACAAGUGUGAGCUCCUCGACUGGCUCAGCUUCCCUGCUCCUGCCAGCCCUGAGGGUCUCAGCAGCCUCCCACCCAGCCUGGCUGCAUUCUGCCCUUGGGAGCAUGGUACCCUGGUCUACGUUGGCUUUGGGAUGCAGAAGGAAGCCUUGUUUUACAGCCUGCACAAGAAACAGGUCGUUGAGAAGAUCUCCUUGCCGUACUUCGCCACAUCGCUGAGCCUGUCUCCUGCAGCACGCUUCAUGGCCGUUGGCUUCAGCGAGCGACUCCUCCGCCUGCUGCCCUGCCCCGCGGGCACCCCGCAGGACUACGGGGGCCACGACGACGCCGUCCACCUCUGCCGCUUCGCCCCGGCCGGCCGCCGCCUGCUCACGGCCUCCCACAGCGCCCUGCUCGUCUGGGAGCUGGGCGCCGGCUGACGGCGGCCACCCCGCCACGGACCGCGACGAGCAAGGACCGCGGGGACCGGGCCCGGGACCGGCUCCAGGCGCCCCGGUACCGGCCCCAGCCUCACCUUCAGGCUGCGCCCCCUUCCCCCCCCGCGGGCCGCCCCCAGCCGCCCGCGGUGCGUUUUGGGGCCCGGUUUCCGCUUUAUUUGUAUUUUUCCUUUCCCAAUAAACCACCUCCACGCC